CCCCCACUCCAGCUCAAACCCGGCCUCGCCGCGCCAUGUGUGUGGCGACCAGGCGCGCGGGCUGCUGCCACCCUAUUUAAACAGAGGCUAUGAGACCAGGAGGAGCAACGGAGGUCCACCGAGAUCACUCAGGAGGCAGAGAGACGGGGGACGGGAGAGGAGGGGGAGGAGGAAGAAGAAAGGGGAGAAGAAGAAGAAGGAGAUGCUCUUGGCGCCCCCGCCACCAUCGCAGCAUCAGGGAUAAGUCGCGGGAGAGUUGUAGUUGAGUUGCAAAACAUCCCCCCUUUUUAAAAAAAAGAAAAAGCAACACAUUCCCUGCUAGGCAUCAAGACGAGAGGGGGAGAGAGAGAGAAAAGACGAGGCGCUCCUUGUUGUUGGAUCCAUACAAACUUUGCAGGGUUUGCUUGGGGUUUUUUUCCCAACUGGCGCGCGCUCUUCUCGCAUCUUUGGGUACGUAGUUCCCGUGCAUUCAGGAGUGCUUUCCCACUCCUCUCCGAGUUCUGUUUCCUUUUGCGUCGCAACCAUGCCGUCCUUUUUCUUCCUCGGCUGCUUUUCUUGCAGCCUGAUGGCUUGGCUGCUCCUCGCCGGCGGCAGCAGCAGCAGCAGCCGCCCGGGCGUGGAGGAGGCGGAGGAGAAAGCGCUGCGGGUGCUGGUGCUUCUCCCCAAGGACAACGCGUACCUGUUUUCCCUGGCGCGGGUCAAGCCGGCCGUCGAGUACGCGGUGCGGCGCCUGGAGGCGAACGGGACGCUCCUGCCGGCGGGCUACAAGUUCCGGCUCUUCUACAACGACUCGGAUUGCGGCAACGGGGCGUUGUUCAGCCUGGUGGACAUGGUGGCCUUGAGCGGCCAGUGGCCGGACCUGCUGCUGGGCCCCGUGUGCGAGUACGCGGCCGCGCCCGUGGCGCGCCUGGCCUCGCACUGGAACCUGCCCAUGAUCUCGGCCGGCGCCCUGGCCGCCGGCUUCGGCACCAAGACGGGCGAGUACUCGCACCUGACCCGGGUGUCGCCGGGCUACGCCAAGAUGGGCGAGAUGUUCCUGGCGCUCUUCCGCCACCACAACUGGAACCGGGUGCUGCUGGUCUACCACGAAGACAAGGAGCAGCGCAGCUGCUUCUUCGCCGCCGAGGGCGUCCAUGUGGUCUUCCGCGACGCCGGCUUCCACCUGGACGACUUCGCCUUCGACGAGAGCGCCAAGUACGCCGAGGACGUGGUGCGCGCCAUCCAGGGCGGCGAGAAAGUUGUGAUCAUGUGUGCCAGCAGUGACGCAAUAAGGAACAUCAUGUUGGCUGCACAUCGGCAAGGAAUGACCAAUGGAGACUAUGCUUUCUUCAGUAUUGAACUCUUCAACAGUUCAUCAUAUGGUAAUGGCUCAUGGAAGAGAGGAGACAAAUACGACCUUGAAGCAAAGCAGGCGUACUCAUCCCUCCAGACAGUCACACUACUGAGGACAGUGAAACCUGAAUUUGAGAAGUUUGCCAUGGAGGUGAAAAGUUCUGUACAGAAACAAGGAAUCCAUGAUGAUGAUUACGUUAACAUGUUUGUAGAAGGAUUCCAUGAUGCUAUUAUCCUCUAUGUUCUGGCUCUACGGGAAGUUUUGAAGAAUGGCUUCACUAAGAAAGAUGGAGAAAAGAUUGUCCAUCAGACAUGGAAUAGGACAUAUGAAGGCAUUGCAGGGCCAGUAUCCAUAGAUGCCAAUGGAGAAAGAUAUGGAGAUUUUUCUGUGAUUGCAAUGACUGAUCCAGAAACUGGAAUGCAGCAGGUUAUUUGGAACUAUUAUGGAAAGCAUGGACGGCUUGAAAUGCUUCCAAAUGUAAAUUACCCCUGGAAGCUCAAAGCAAGAACAGAUGACAGCCGAGGUUUGGAACACCCAAGCAACACACCCUGCAAAUCAUCAGGUGGUCUAGGAGAGUCAGCAGUUACAGGAAUUGUUGUGGGUGCCUUGCUAGGAGCAGGAUUGUUGAUGGCUUUCUACUUUUUCAGAAAAAAAUACAAAAUAACUAUUGAGAGGCGAAGUCAACUGGAAGAAUACAACAUCGGCAAGCACUGGCAAUUACGAGAGGACUCUAUAAGGUCUCACUUUUCUGCUGCAUGAAGUAAGGAGAAACAAACUGUUUUUGUGUGUGUGUGGAGGAAAUCUGUAGACAAAUGGACACUACCAAAGACAGCAACAGAAAAGAAGAAGCUUAUUAAGGACUCAGCAUUUUAAAAGUAGAGUAACUCUGUCUUAAUUUCUUUCAGAAACUCAGGAAUGAUUUACUAGCCACAUUAUUCCACGUGGCCUUUUUAUCUUGUGGAAAAGAAAAUGACAAAAGAACAAGUGUGUUCCCCCCCAAUGGUUUUGACACUUGGUGUGUAUCCAAGACAAGUCGCUGUGGUCAGCCAUUUUGUUUCUUGGAAAUGUGAAGGUUCAUUCAGCGGACCUUCGUUAGCUGUACCUCAUACCAGAUUAUAAAAGGAAUGUGUUUUCAGAGACACAGGUGCUGCUUUUUAGUAUUGUUCAGCAUUGAAUAGUGGAGAUUAGAAUUGAGCAAAGGAAGUGUGAGGUAGUACAAAACAAUACAAUUUAUAGGAAAGGAGCAGAAGCAUCUUUAUAGAACAGAAGAAAUCCCAAGGCAGUGGAAAGAUAGUAUUUGGUUCUAAGGACCUACUCACACAACAAAUUAGUUUUGGAUAUCAUUCCAAUAGCAUUCCCUGUGAAAGGAUUCCUUUGCAAAUAUGUUGUGUAUUGGUCUAAACUGCUUGCCUGUGUUCCUCGGGAUGUUUGGGUUUAAGAGAACUUCCAUUUUACAUGGCAUUUUUGUUUCAAGAAAGCUCCCUCCUCUGUAUCAUUUCCAUGACCUAUAUAUGGAUUCUGCAGUGUUCCUGUCCUAGAGAUCACUGUAGGAUUAUGCAUUCACUGGUUACAUGUCUCCUGCUUUUUAAUCUGCUGGGUGUUUCUUGUGUAAAAUAAACACGAACCAUUUCCAGAAAAGAGGCAGGCCUGAUCUGCACAUAAUGCGACACUAGGUAAAAGAACCCUGAGGUGGAAGAGUGGUCUUACAACUUCAGAAUACAGAUGAGUUGAGAGGAGGUGCCAUUUCUGAAUACUGUACUCCAAGUUAUUAAAAAAAAGCCACACACAAAGGAAGGAACUGAGUGUAGCACUAAGGCGAUUGUUCCAAAAGGGCAAGCAUUGUGGCUUGCCAGAUUCAACAGUCCCCACUUUCCUCCCCCAUGCACUGUUCUGGGGGUUCUCCCACCCACCCCUGUGCCAGUUUCAGGGGAUAUGGGGCAUGCAGGAGAAGAAGGAAAGGAAAGCCCUGUUGCACAAGCAGAAGCCCUUGCCUAGGGCUUCUGCUGAUGUGAUUCAUUAGUUGAAUCCUUCCCAAUAACUGAGCAAGAGGGGGCAACAUGAAAAAUUGAGAAAAGUCUAGGCUCCCUUUCACAGCCAUGCUAGGCUUCUGCAUAAAUAUUGUUUUUUACACAGGGAAGCAUUCAGAAAUAUGAUUUCCCUUACCUGCCUUCUGAAGUAGGAUAGUCCAAUCUGUCAGCUCAUUCCCAUCUCAUCCUGCUUUAUGUGUAAACUAGGCCAAUAACAGUAAAUGAGAUCCUUGCCUCAGACAAAGCACCUUUGGCUGAUCUCUUUAUGUACAUAGAGAUAUGUACACACAAAAAUACAAAACAGCUAGAAGUUCAGAAGUUCUGGCUCCUCUGGUUUUGUCUCCACCAGGUUGCCCUUCUGCUUCCUUAGCCUUUUGGUUCCCACUGCUAAAAUGGGAAGAAACGGGCAAGGCAAGAAUAUUGAUUUGUGUAGAUGUAUGGGCAUGACAGCUGUGCAGAUGAGAGAAUCUUAGGAACUGAAUAAUACAGCUCUAAAAAAUAAUCAGGCCAUUACUCAGCAGCAUGUUCCAUUAAAAUCUGUGGUACUUACUUCUGAGAAAAAUGAGUACAGAGUGAGGAUGCAAUAUAUCAUCCCUGCUUCAGAUUCUUCAGCUGGAAGCAAACACCCCAUGGCCACCUUUGAGACCUGAGUGUAGCCCAAACUAUGUAAAUAUUAAGUAUUAGAGUGGUUUUGUACAGUAAAGGCAACUCCAAACUUUUUUGUUGUAUAAAAAGUGACAUCUGGCUAACAUGUUAUUUUUUAGGUAUUCUUAUCAUAUUUUUCUAUUAAGAAAAAAAUGUCUAUUUGAGGUUGUUUUAUUUCACCUUGGAAAGUCAAAGUGAGAGCACAUUUGAAGAGCUAUUUUUCUUUUCUUUUUUAAAAGUGUGAAUAAUAAUGAGCACAGAUCUUCUUAUAUGUAAAUAAAAGUAGUAUAUUUGACUUUUGCAUAUUGGGCCAAUCCGCCCCUUCCCCUUCUUUCUUUCCCCAGUCAUGGAAUUCUCAUUCAGUGGCAAGAUUCCUUUGAUGAUAUAAAACAGAGCUGUGGAAGCUGUGGUCCUCCAGAUGUUGCUGAACCAAAGCUUCCACCAUUCUUGGCCGCUCACCUUGUUGGUUAGAACUGAUAAGAGUAGGACUCCAAUAACAUCUGGAAGGCCAGAGAUUCCCCACCCCAAUAUAGGGGUUGUGAGACUUAAUGCUAAUAAUCCCAGAUUCCUCUAAAAGGAAUAAUAUAACCAUCUAUUUUAUUGGAAGAGUACAUGAAUAUGGAGGUUUUAACAACAACAAUCCCUCUUACCUAUGUUGGUUUAAAAAUACUAUUAGAUCAGUUUUUAUCUUUCUAAUGUCAGUCUUCAGAGAUCUCUCUAUAUUGACUCAUCUGUCAAGGAGCUCCGACAUGGUUCCCAAUAGAACCAGCUAGUGGUUACCAGAGAAGCAGCAAGAGUUCUGGACACUCCUGGUCAUUCCCAGCAGCCCCACACCUGUAAGGUGCUACUUCCUGCUGCUACCACUGUUUCAUGUCUCCUGCUGGCAAGGGUGUCUGUGUGUCCUUGUCUGCCAUCCAGCAGAAGUGGCUAUUCUUUCCUCUUUAUGGUGUACCACCUCACUGGCUCCUGAACAUUGUAGAUGAUUCUGGCGCAUGUUUUAGAGUAUGCAUUCAGCCUCAUGCAGACACUGGUGACUCCUAUUCGGUCUCACAGCUACCCUACAUAAAUAGUGGAGUGUGUAACUUAAGAGCUACAACACAUCCAACCUUUUCCUGUAGCUGCAGGGGAAGAUGGAGGUCUAGCUGUAUUUCAGGGAAGCUUGUCAAUUUUUGCUUACCUUCUUACUGAGCAUGCCCUGAUAACUUCCGGGGACGUGAGAGUUCCUUGGAACAUAGUUUGAAAACCACUGUCAGUUUUUCCCCAGCAAUCUUCUGCUCUUUUCCUAAGUCAAUGUAUGCUAUUUCCCCCCCCCCCAAUUCCUUGAGCAUUCCAGCUGGUUCUCCAGUGCUAAUACUAUUCUUAGGUUUUAGACUUUUCAAGGGAAUAAUAAAAUUAAAACACUACCAAAGCAUUCUUCACUAAAAUGAAUCAUACAUGCAUAAAGCAUACACAAUAAAUAGGCCAAUAGGUAUGCUUAAUUUCAAUUGCUUUGUCCAGUUUAAAAUCAAGCAGUGCAUAACUGCAGUGGAUUGUUGCCAAAAUCUACAAAGAGUACACAGAAGGAUGUGCUGGAAUUUAAUUUAAAGACUGUACAAGAAUCUAAGUACUAACACUGAGCCAACUGAAAGAAAGACAGUAAAGAAGGUUGGAUGCACAUUUUAUUGAACCAGCAGCUGUUGGUGGGUGUGUCAUGUUUUCCAAUGCAAUACAGCCCUUUAGGAUAUUCAAACUUUCAUGUUGGACAACAAGUUGCACCAGUAAAAAGAAUUGGCUUAUCAAUUUCCACUUUUCUAUUUUUGUGUUAGUAGAAAAUUGGCAUAAGCAUCAUCCAAAGAACCACAUUACUCCUACAUUAGUGAACUGACAGACAUAUUGUUUCCAAAUAAGACUGUUUUGGAACAUUAUUGCCUCCAAAGACUAAUUUUUGCUAGGCUAGAUUGAAGGGGUUAAAGGGAGAAUCUCUGAAUUUAGCUCUAAAGAACAAGGCUACGGUAAUUCUGAAGCAGCUUAGUUUUACACAAAGAUUCAUUGCAUUUGAUCUUGAAAACAAACUCAAAAUGAGGUUUUCUGAAAUGAACUGCUGUAUAGAUACCUUGUUUUAUCAAUACAAAACUACUUCUUCCUAAACACUUUCUUUCUGGUGCACACAAACAUUUAUAGCAUGUAAAGAAUUUUUGAAAGGUGCUCCUUUAAACUUUUACACUGUAAAAUUUACAGUAACUACUAAUAUUCACAUAAGUCAAAGGCUAAAAUAUUCUGGUGACUUUGAUACUUUUGAGAUUCAUAUACUAAGCUACAGUGCUUUUAUUAUGGGGAUUUACUAUGUGAUGUAAUAGAUGGUUUAUAGAGUAACAACAACACUUGCUUAGUGUUUCCAGAGCGUACAUCUCCUAAAAGAUUAUUGAGCAAGCAAAGUAAAUGAAUCUAGUAGAGAAUUUCUAAGGAGGAAAUUAAAAAAAAUCUAAGCUGGAAUACACAAAGACAUAGAAUCAUUCCAAAAUCAUGGAGAGUAUCAUUAACUCAUAUAUUCUUAUGUCUUACUACUUCCUUUAGUGAAUACAUCAUAGAGACAGCAGAUUUUAAAAGUUUAUUUUAUAUCAUUCAGAAUAGAAUGCAACUUGUAUAUGCUAGAAUAUUAGUUUUAUUUUCUGAAUUACUUGUUCUGCUGAACAAUGAAGUUCUCAAAUUACUUACAGAAACCAAUGGAUGGUAUUAUAGAAGAAGUUAUUAGGGGCUACAGGGUGUUAUAACAUUUCCUUUCCAUAUCUGUGACAAUGUUGUGCCAACAGUUUAUAAUGGUUUAUAAGAUAGUAAGCAUGACCAUAAUAAUUUUACUUUUAAUUUUUAGUAUUGUACACCGCUUUGUGUGUCAUUUCUGGCAUGACUGCAGUUCCUAAACAAAUAAGAACAUGACAUUUUUCCUUUGCUAUUAAAUGCUUAGAGAGAUGGACACUGAUAGCUGGAAUUAGAAUUUUGUUUCUGACUUCAACAGGAGAAGAGUCAGACUAAACAUUCCAAUUUCAGUGGCAUUCCAAGAGCCAUGGCUCGCAGUGGUCUCAAUUAAGAGAAGCCAAGUUCAUAAGCUGACAUGAUUCACAUUUGUACCUCUGGACUCUCUGCUUUGAUUUCCAUGGAUCAAACCACUACAUUCCUUUUGUCUACUUCUCCAAAUAUGAAAAGAGAUUUGAAAAGCCAGACAGCAGCUACAGCCACCAAAGAAAACAAAGAAGAAAAUCCAAGUGCAUAAGCUGAUGUUUACACACACUAUUUUAUUUCACAGAUGUGUCACCAAUGUGUGCAAAAGGUGUGUGCUCAAAGUCAGAUGGGGUGUAGGAUUUGGAGUAAUUAUGUUAGCAGAGUUCUCGUGAGCAACACGCAGAAUCAAACUUUGGGGACUCAGAAAAUUCACCACAAAAGAAGGGUGUUUUUUACACGGUCAAACUUCCUCUCCUGCCCAGAGCAAAAUCCAAGAGCGAAUAGACUUCCAAGCUCCCGCUGCCCAUAUCUGUUGCAACCCCUGCACAUCCUCCAAAGUUUUCCCCAUCCCCAAAAUGCAGUACCCCCUUUCACCUUAAUCUUCGGAAAUUGCAUGGCCCCUUCAAAGAACAACACUUUCCAUAGUCCAUCACAUGCUAUACCAUCAACCUUUUUACCUCUCUUGCUUGUUGCUGCUGCUAUUCCUUCUCUGCCAGAAACAAUGAGGGAUGCAAGGGAUGUGUUUGAGGAAUUGGGGUGACAUUUUUCUGAUCUCUUGGUUUGAUUCAGGAAAUUGUUAUCGGGGUUUCCCUUUUCUUUCCAGGAAACCUUGGAAAAUUCCAGAGCUAAACAGAGCUAGUCUCAGAGAGCUUGUCAAUCUCUAAUUGGGAGCAGCUUGACAUAAUGUGCCUUCCUCAUAAGUUGACAGGCGCACAAAUCCUUGCCAUGUUUUAGUCGUACUUGUGGGAGUGUUUUUGUGAAUGAGAAUUGCAGCCCUCGGAAUGUAUUUUAAAAGCCACUGCAUUUGUUCAUCAUACCACCUUAACUGCAAGACCUAAUGAAACACAAAAGAAAAGCAUAAUCUUAUAUGGCUACUAUUCACACUGUGUAUAGGUAGGCCAUCACGGACCGUACUGAACAACUGCUCUUGCAAUAGAUCUGUUUGGAUUUUAGAAUCUCUUUCAAAACAGCUGCUCAGAGGUUAAGUUUGAAGCAUAUCUACUAACAAUACUGGCUUAAAAUUUUUGUUUUGUAAAAUCAUUUGUGAGAUAUUAACAGACCUUACUGUCCAUUUGAGCAGAAAACUAAGCUAAAUUUUUGUCCUAGGAUAGAUUUGGUUUCCUUCUGCAAAGUAUGUGCAAAACUAAAAAGACUCAGGAUAGAGAUUGUGGAGGUUUAACUUUGUCUCUGCCUCCCCUUUUAUUGUGAGCAAUGUUAUGAUUGUAGAAAAAAUAAACUGGAUAAUCUAGAAGUGUAAUAUUGGUUUGGGUAAAAAUGAAUGGAAAGCUGCACAGUAUAUUGUACUGAUGUAAGUAGAACUAUUUGCAUAUGAUGUGAUUUUAUUUAUUGCAUUUCUGUAGAGACAGAAUUCAUGACUGUGGAUACACGUAACCUCUGUGUGAUGUAUUUUUAUUUCUUUUACAAGUUUCUCAUUCAAAAUAUUGGUGACUAUUGACUAUUAAGUGUGUACAUUUUCUUGUAAACGUUUCAAGUAGUACAGAUUGUCAUAUUCCCACAUUAUAACAAAAGGCUUCCAUUAAAGAUAUGAACCUAUACAUUCACCUAA